ACAAAUGGAGCUAAUCAACAUUAAAACCGCCCAUUUCCACAAGACUAGUCCUCAUUUUUUUUAUGAAGCAAUGGUACUAUCCUACAAAGAGUGCCUCAAAAACCAUGCAGCUAGUUUGGGUGGACAUGCCCUCGACGGUUGCGGAGAGUUCAUGCCUAGCCCUUCUGCAACCCCAACCGACCCCUCCUCCUUGAAAUGUGCCGCCUGUGGCUGCCACCGCAACUUCCACCGCCGUGACCCUGCUUUCAUCCACCGCUUGCCACCACCGCCUAAUGGUAGCUCUAGUCCAAGCCCAACCCAUAGCCCUACCCCACCCUCACCUGUGCCAUACUCUUACUACACUUCUGCACCACGGCACAUGCUGCCGGCCUUGAUUGAGUACCAUCAUCACCUCGGCAACUCCAACCCAAGGAUAAAGAACAACAACAACAACAACAACCACCCAAGUGGGAGAAAGAGGUCAAGAACAAAGUUUAGCAAGGAACAGAAAGAAAAGAUGCAUGCUUUUGCUGAGAGGCUUGGUUGGAGAAUGCAAAAGAGUAAAGAAAGACAGAUAGAAGAGUUUUGCUAUGAAGUUGGGGUUGAUAGAGGUGUUUUCAAGGUUUGGAUGCACAACAACAAGAACAGUUUUAACAUAAAAGAUAUAUUAGGAGUUGGUAAUCUCAAUCUUCUCGACAACAAGAAUAACAAUCAAGAGAAUGGCAAUGCUGUUGAUAAAGGGUCUUCUGCUUCUUAAUUCAGGCGAAAAAAGAAUGCGAAAUAUGAUAGGUAUUAUUGCUGCUCUGUUACAUUUGUGGGGGUUAACUUUUGUUAUUUUAUGUUGUUUUUUCUGAUUAGUAAAGGAAUUACUAGUGAUGGCAGAUGAAAGAGGAAGUAAACAGAGGAUAUGACUUGUACGGAUGACAGUUAAAGAGAUUUAAUUUGUCAUUGUUAAUUGAUCUUUAGACAUAUUAUAACAUAAAUUCUUUGUCCUCUA